GGUUGGAGUAUACAAAGGAAAAUUGUAGAUAAGGGUGUGCGCAUUUCUAACGGAUAAAGCACCGCGAAACUAACUAAACUCAAUAACCAGUCAUUCAAAAGCUCUCAAAAACGGCCAACAAUGGCCGCAGCAUUCAGCAGCAGCUUUACUAGUUCCGCCAUUGGAGCUCAAUUCUACAGGCCCAAAUUUGUAAAACCCAAGACUUUUGUAAACACAAUUCGCUGUGCUGGUAGACUAGAAUGGGAUCCAGAUGGUUUAUUGGGUCCGCCUCAAACGGGUCAUAUAGCCCGACUCGAGUUCCAGAGACGCCUUGAGAACGAUGCUGCAGCCAGAGAAGAAUUUGAACGGCAAGUUCGUGAAGAGAAAGAACGUCGCAGAGUUCUUCGUGAGUCACGAAUGAUUCCGGAUACAGUGGAAGGGCUUGUGGAGUUUUUUCUUGACACUGAAGCUCAAGAGAUUGAAUUUGAGAUUGCAAGAAUGAGACCACGAUUGAACAAAGAAUUCUUUGACCAUCUGCAAGUCGAACUUGGAAAGCUGCGCUUUUCUGUAAACAAAACUCAGGCUGUGGAAGACAGAUUAUUUGAACUGGAAGCACUGCAAAAGGCCCUGCAAGAAGCAACAGAAGCCUAUGAUAAAUUACAAGCAGAUCUUGUAGCAACAAAGAAGAACCUAACUGAGAUUUUGACUUCAAAGGAUGUCAAGGCUACUCUUUUGGAUUUGGUUGAGAGGAACGCGCUGAAUAGACCCUUGUUGACGCUUCUUGAUGAAAACAUUGCAACUGCACAUAGUGUUAACCAGAAACAAGCAGCAGAAUACAUGGAAAAGCUGAGAGGACUUGUUCUGAAGUACCUAACAGUAUAGAUUCCAUCUCAAGGCUAUCAAAUGCUUGUCUCAUGUUUAUACAGAGAAAUGGUGAGAAUUUCUGGUUAUUUAUAUUUUAGUAAUGUUGUAGUAUAUUACAAAAUUUUGUAGGAAUAUGAACUUAGAAUGGAUCCCUUAAAUAACAAUAAGAAAGUAUCCCAUCAUUUGUGAAAAGAAUGAGUACACCAUGUAACUGAAAAUCCAUGUUCUUUCUUCCUUGUAUGUUGGAAAGUGUGAAAUCCUAUUUUUACUGAAAGUGACAAUUAUAUUGUGUAUUGAA